AUGACUCAAACUCCCGUCCCAGGGCGCGACUGGAACGACGACCCCAUACGUCCUCCGAAUGCUGAAUCCCAAAUAGGCUGGGCCGGAGUUCCCCUGUCGGAAACGCUAGGCUACUACGGCGUGAUCAAGAGAGCGAAGCCGCCUACGAAUGAUCGGCUCGGAUUUGUCCCGGACUAUGCAUCUGUUGAUGUCAACAAGCUGGUCGGGCAGUUUCUCCCGUCUUUUGCGAAGGCCCUCGAAGCUCAGGAUGUUGACGCUAUUCUCGGGCACAUCGAUGAAGGCGGUUACUGGAAAGAUGUUGAGAUGCUCACUUGGGACAUCCGGGCCCUGGCUGGUCACGAGAACAUCCGCCCAAUGCUCACGGAGAGACUCGCAAAAACGGGUAUAAAGAAUAUUCGGAUCAACCCUUACAUGCCCCCUUCGUUGGAGAAGCUCGGAGAUGAUCUCUCCUUCGUCCUAUUUCACUUCGAGUUCGCCUUCGCGCACGGCACGGGCAUCGGUGCUGCUCGACUGAGCCCCUUCGCAGCCAAGACCGGAUCGGCAGCCGAGCUUGCUGAUGUUAAGUCGUGGAAGUUGUACACGAUAGGUACUUCCAUCGAGACGGUCGACGGCUGGGACUCUGAGAACGGAGACAAGGUCCGGUACCAGCAUGCAAAGGUCCACGACCCGCUGCGCAAGGCCCGCAACUACCGGCAGCUGCGGGAAGACGAGCGCGAGUACAAGGACGGGUCCCAGCCCACAGUCGUCAUUGUCGGUGCCGGCCACACCGGCCUGGUCUUGGCUGCACGCUUUAAGGUCCUGGGGAUUCCACAUCUGAUCAUUGAAAAGGAGGAGUGUGCCGGGUACAGCUGGGGGAGCCGCUAUGAGUCUCUCUCCCUGCACGGUCCAACAUUCACCAAUCAUCUCCCAUGUAUCCCUUUCCCCCAUUGGUUUCCUUUGUUCCUGCCUGCCCAGCAGCUCUCUAAGUUCCUACAGCUAUAUGCCGAGAUGAUGGACCUUAACAUCUGGACCAAGUCGCAUAUAGAUGGCAAGAACGCAGUCUACAAUGAGAAGGAAGGUCGGUGGACAGUCUCCAUAACUCGCAGCGACGGGACUAAACGUGUGCUUCACCCUAAGCACCUCAUGGUCGCAACAGGGAUGACUGGUACCAUGCCUAACAUGCCCGACAUUCCGGGAAUGGACGAGUUCCAGCAGAACGGGGGUCUCAUCGUCCACUCCUCGCGCCACCGCACAAGCUCUGAGUGGGAGGGCAAGAAGUGCAUUGUUGUGGGCGCGGGCACUUCUGCUCACGACAUCUCGUAUGAGCUGAAGGACCACGGUUGCCAGAUUACCAUGAUACAGCGGAGCGCGACACACGUCAUGUCGGUGGAAAAGAGUGUCCGUGCGCUCUUCAAGCCUCGCGAGAACGCGAACCGGCGUGGCUUCCAGCAAACAGAUCUUAUGGAUCAGGCCAUGUACCUAAAGCAGCCAUACCCGGUCGAGUACGAGCUACUUAAUCGAGGGCAAAGAAUAACCCGGGAGCUUGACGCGGAGCUCCUGCAGUCGCUCAGGAAGGUGGGCUACCGCCUACACGACGGCUACCACGGCGGGGGAGCAUACUCCAUGUUCCUGUUCGACCAGGGUGGCUUCUACUGGGAUAACGGAUGCUGUAAGUUCAUCGCCAACAAGGAGAUUACACUGAAGCACUCCGAGAUCGACUUCUUUACAAAGGACGGUGUCGUGUAUAAGGAUGGCACCAGCGAGAAGGCCGACGCCGUCGUGUUUGCCACGGGGUGGAUGAACUCCAAGAGUGCAAUCCAGGCGCUGCUAGGGGACGAAAUGGCCAAGAAGUGCCAUGAGCGGUGGGAAAAGGGCAACGCAUUCUUUCUCGGCCCCGAGGGCGAGUCGCUCAUCAACUACUGCCCGCUGCCGCAGAAAGGCCUCUGGUCCAUGUACCACCAGUUCGCCUUCAGCAGGUUCCAUUCCGCGCGCCUCGCGCUUCGCAUCAAGGCGGAGGAGCUGGGCAUCGACGUAACGCCGUACGGAAACAAGCCGAUUGGACCCAGCAGCACGGCCGCUGGCCGCCAACCUCGGAACCAGUGCUAG